CUAACUCUAGUCAUCGGCUUCCGUCGAAAAUGCCCAUCUCCGGUGAUGCUGGAUUUGUGACAUCCCAGCGUAGGAAAAAGCUUUUCUUGGCUCUCUUUCCGUCUAUCCUUGUCGUCACUGCUAUCGUUGUCUUUGCCACCACCAUUUCCAAAAGGAAAUCCAGCGACGAAAGCAGCAAUAACACUGCAGCAGCUCACUCCAUCAUCAAAUCAUCAUGUAGCGCCACAUUGUACCCACAGUUAUGCUUCUCAACUAUCUCUUCAGCCCGAAAUGCUAAGACCGAAAUCAAGAACCCCAAGGAUGUUAUAGAACUGUCAUUGAACUUGACGGUAAGUGCUGUCCAGAGUAACUAUUUAUCCAUCAAGAAGCUCAUCAGUACCCACCGGAAGAGCCUCACGAAGCGCGAAAUGACCGCCCUCUAUGAUUGUCUCGAACUGGAGGAUGAAACUUUGGAUGAGCUAUUCAAAGCGGAACAAGAUCUCGUAGAUUAUCCCGACUUCAAAAAGUCGAUUUCUCAACACGCUGAUGAUCUCAGGAGCCUUCUUAGUGCUGCAAUGACCAACCAAGAAACUUGCCUCGACGGGUUUUCUCACGAUCGUGCUGAUAAAAAGUUGAGGCAAGCGAUACUCGAUGGGCAGAUGCAUGUUUUCCGUAUGUGCAGCAAUGCCCUGGCAAUGAUCAAGAACUUGACCGACACGGACAUGGCAAGCCAGGGUUAUCCAUCAUCCGGGAGGCAACUUAAGGAGCAAGACGAAACCGAGUGGCCUGAAUGGUUGUCGCCGGGAGAUAGGAGACUAUUACAGGCGACAACAGUGACUCCUAACGUAACCGUGGCGGCUGAUGGCAGUGGUGAUUUCCUCACGGUGUCUGAGGCGGUGGCGUCUGCGCCGGAGAGAAGCAAGACUAGGUACAUUAUAAAGAUUAAAGCUGGAGUGUAUAGGGAAAACGUGGAUGUUCCUAGGAGGAAAACCAAUCUCAUGUUCGUGGGAGAUGGGAGGGUCAACACCAUCAUCACUGCUAGCAGAAAUGUCGUUGAUGGCAGCACCACUUUCAACUCUUCCACUGUCGCUGCUGUGGGGGACGGAUUCUUGGCCAGGGACAUAACAUUUCAGAAUACGGCUGGACCAUCGAAGCACCAAGCAGUAGCACUUCGCGUUGGAUCGGACUUAUCAGCAUUCUACAGGUGUGACAUGUUAGCAUACCAGGACACUCUCUAUGUCCACAGCCUUCGUCAGUUCUAUUCAGAAUGCCAUAUUGCAGGCACCGUGGACUUCAUUUUCGGAAAUGCAGCAGCCGUGUUCCAAGACUGCGACAUCCAUGCUCGUCGGCCCGAUCGGAACCAAAGGAACAUGGUCACCGCACAAGGCCGCGAUGACCCGAACCAGAACACUGGCCUCGUGAUCCAGAAAUGCAGGAUCGACGCUACACAUGACUUAGAAGCCGUGAAGGCCAAUUUUUCUACCUAUUUAGGGAUACCAUGGAAGCAAUAUUCGAGAACCGUUAUCAUGCAAUCCGUCAUAAGUGAUAUUAUUCAUCCCGCUGGUUGGUUCCCGUGGAAUGGUGAUUUUGCACUAAACACUUUGACAUAUCGGGAGUAUCAGAACAACGGCCCUGGCGCAAACGCGUCAAGUAGGGUUACAUGGACGGGGUAUAGUUUGAUCACCAAUGCAUUGGAGGCUCAAAGCUAUACUGCUCGGAAUUUUAUCGCCGGAGCUAAUUGGUUAAACGCAACCGGCUUUCCUUUCUCUCUUGAUCUUUGAGUAAUGUCGAAGUUUAGAUAAAUUCUUAAGACGAUUCAC